GAUCUUAGCAGAUUUAAACUGGUAUCCUGCCCGGGAAAGCUGGUGUCCAGCUGGUUUAUUGAGUCACAAAGCUUGGCUUCUAGUUCCUACUAAAACCAGCAAAACCAUGUUUAAGUUUUAGUACAUUUUUCCCAACAGUAUGAAACCAGUGAAAUGCAGAUUGCAGUUCAGGUACUUUAUAUACAGUACUUUAAGUUGUUUUUAAUGUGAUGCUAUAAUAUGGUGUUGGGGUUGGGGUAAAUAUAAGAUCAGUCCAUAAUACUAUUAUGUUUAAGCCAAUGCACUAGGACCCCGGGGCUCAUGAGUAGUGUAUAGAGACAGAGGGAGAAAUUCCAUAUGUCAUCUUCUAAAACUUAAACAAGGAGGGAGGAAGGGGGACAAACAGCCCUCUCUUACCGAGGGGCUUCUGAAAGUGCUCCGAAAAGCCCCACAAGAUCUUGGAGUCUCCACGUGACAGCAGCGCCUAUAUAGCAUCAGCACCAGUAGAGUGAUACUCCAUCACCAGCCGAGCACUUCAGCAUAUGCCACAGUUACACACAUAUCCUCAUGCACCUCAAGGCUUUAUUCUAGAGCUUUUUCAGACUAUUGCAUCCAUGUGUUUUCUCACUCUGUCUAGGGGACGAAGGGACUAAACUUUUCCUGCGAGAGGGAUGCUGGAUGUUCCAAGUCCGCUUUGGCAGUCGGAAGGAACUUGAUGUAUAGGCAAAGUUUCUGUCUUUUGGACUAGACCCGCGCAGGCUCGCGGCGAGUACCUUUGACGCUUUCUACCGUGAGUCGGGACAAUCACACAGCCGCCCAGAUGCAGUUUCGUCUGUUCUCAUUCGCGCUGAUCGUGUUGAACUGUGUGGACUACAGCCACUGUCAGACGCAGCAGUCUCACCGCUGGAGAAGAAACAAAAGAGCUAGCUAUGGAGCUUAUCCCAUCUGUAAAGGCUGCUCGGUGUGUUCCAAGGACAACGGGUGUAUGAACUGCCAACCCAAGCUCUUCCUGUUCCUGAGGAGGGAGAGGAUGAGGCAGUAUGGCGAGUGUCUCCAUGCCUGUCCGUCGGGCUACUAUGGUGUGCGCGGGACAGAGAUCAACAUGUGCUCCAGGUGCAGGAUAGAUAACUGUGAGGCCUGUUUCAGCAAAGAAUUCUGCACAAAGUGCAAGCCUGGUUUUUACUUGCACAAGGGCCAUUGCUUCGAAAAGUGUCCAGAGGGCUUUGCUCCUCUAGAGGACAAUAUGGAGUGUGGAGAGGGUUGUGAGGUGGGCCAGUGGAGUGAGUGGGGGACCUGCACCAGAAGAAACAAAACCUGUGGUUUCAAAUGGGGUCUGGAAACCCGAACACGGCAUAUUGUGAAGAAGCCACCAAAGGACACAAUACCAUGUCCGACCAUCGCCGAGUCCAGGAGAUGCAAAAUGGCUAUGCGACAUUGCAGAAAAGGUGGUUCGGGGAAGGGCCCCCGGACCAAAGAACAAAAGAAGAAGUCCAACAAGCAGAGGCUGCGCUUCCGGGCUCAGAACCAACACAGUGACCACCUCGCCUCCCUUCGAGCCAGCCAGUAAAAAAGAAAAAAGAAAAAAGGAGCAAGAGACUUUUCGAUGGAACAAAGACCACAAAGCUGCUAACCCAUGCUCCACACACACCUACCCUGAUGAAAACACACUCACGCAACCAAACGGGAUUAUUCAUACUCAUGUGGUCACACCGUGUCUCUGUGCCUCCUGCUGCUUCCCUCACCGGUGACACGUCCCCCCGACCCGUGACCCCACUGUGAUAUCAUGGAACACUAUAGCAGCUGUUCAUAAAGCUCAUAUCUCAUCCUAUCUGAGGAGGAAGAAGAGAGAGACUGAGCUGGAAGCACGGAAAGCUUGGGCCUGGAGACCUGGAGGAGUAGAACGAGCACAGAGUGGCGAAAGGAGCAGAUUAGAAACGUGAUUGACUGAUAAUGAUGCCCUGAAAAACAAGAGAGAGACUUAUCUGUAUUUAUGUACAAUUCCCACCAUCUCCUUCCCUACGAAAUCGAGGCAGAGUGUGUCAUGUAUUGCCUUUCUUGUCCAAUAGGUAUUUUGUUUUUCAUAGCAAUGUUGCAAACCAUGCAUAGUUGCAAAAUUAUUAUUCUCAGCACAAGAUGUUUACGUCCAGACCGCUUUAUGCUUUGACUGUAUAUUGUGGGUAAGAAUCUUAGUUGUUCAGCUAGCAUGGCCACAAACUCAUGUGUACAUAGUUGGCGAGUUUAUCUAAUAACGGUAACAUUGAUGAUAA